AUGGUUGUCUUUCCAUCGUGUUCUUCCUUCAAAGCCCACCGACUGAACCACAAAAAUCUCAUAGGCAUAUUGACGAAGUUCACCAAAGAAGGAGGAGAUGAAACAGACGCUCGAACCAGACAAGGCAGGUUCGAUUUCCAUCGUGUUGUUCCAUUGUAUUCUUCCAACAACGCAGGUCCAAUUUCAAUUUCUUUUCAGUUUGAUUUCGAGCUUCAAAUUGCCAUCGAUUUUGAUUUCAGUUUUCAUACUGGUGAUAAUAAUAAUAAACAGGCCCUCGCAAGAACAUCAGACGAGAUUACUGCAGGAAGUUUAUGGCGUAGUGAGGCACUUCAUGAGUCUCUAGAAAGUACUAGCCAUGAAGUCCGCAACUAUUUUGACGUGGUCAAAGUGUUAUCAGAAAUAGAGCUUCCUUCUCCAUCACCUGUGGAAGCAACAUCAUUUCCUCUCAGAUAUCGUCUAUGUUUCUAUAUCAAGUAUGCCUGCGAAUGUGAAACACAAAUAGUAGAGGAACGAGAAAUAUUCGAGAAUACUGCAAGUCUAAAGUGCAGAGUGGGAAACAUAAGGGAAACAGAACUAAAGAGUAAGCAACGUGAACAAUCUGGAAGUCGAAGGGACGCUACCAAAACAAACAUUACGGAGAAGAGGCGCAGGAAUAAAAUAAGUGAAAGAAUAAGAACACUCCAGACACUUGUUCCCAACUGCAACAAGAGACACAAAGCAAGUAUUCUAGGUGAUGCCAUUGAGUAUAUCAAAUUUCUGCAAAUGCAACUCCAGAUGGUGCAAUCUAUGGGAAUUGGUCAUAUGUCACAAGGUCUUUACAUGACAAUGGCAAGACAACCAAGUUUUCACGUACCAAAUCUUGUUGAUCCCAACUUUACAAUUAACUCAUCAAUUGGUAUGCAACAUGGAAUGCCACAAUUUGGAUCUUAUUUUCCGGUAAACUACCCUAUAUUUCCAACUUCCUUCACUGGAUUCCGACCAUUAAUGUUGCCACCAAAUGAAGUGCACACACGAUCAUUCCCAUGGGGCCAACCAAGACCUGUUCUAUAUCCUCAACAGCUACAGUUUCCAUCACAGACAUCUCAGUCUAUGUAUUCUACUACCCCUUCAGGCACAAUUAUUCCAACAAUCUCCUCCCAACAAGGUGGAUCCUCUAUCUCUGGUCAACCUUUAUAUCAUGUGCCAGUGACAAAUCAAGGGACAGAGUAGGAGUAACACGGAGUGGAAGCAAGUUAGUUGUGUCGGUAUGCAAACAAAAUAAAAGCUUUAGUUGUGUCGGUAUGCAAACAAAACUGUGAAUAGCCAGCCUCCAUGAUCAUGUUUUUGCUGUCACAAAACCUCAUAUAUAUGAUAUGUGCAUGAUCAGUUUUUAAGAAAAAGAAAAGAGGAUAUGUGAUGAUUGGAGAAUGUUUUGAAUUUCUUGUGGUGUCAACAUGACAACAUGCCUAGCUCUUGAAGUUCAUACUGUUUUUGAAUGGUACGUUUUUUUCCCAUUGAAAUGGGAUAGCCUUCCAAUUUUAUGCCCUCCAGCAAGACAAACCACUAUUGCUAGUCUCAUAAAAAAAGAUAAAUAGAAAAACGACACAUAUGUGGUGUAAAAAUGUGACACACCAGUUGACUGGUAAAACCCGGAAGACAUGGUCAGUGUAUCGGACUAAAGCCCACUAGAAUCAAGCCCAGAUACAAGCCCAGUGGAUUCGGGUCAGAAACAGCAGAAAUGGGUGAGUUUGGUUCAGCUUGAUCCCCUCACGCGUGAUCACAUGCAUGGUGUUGGUUUCCCCAAAUUUCACUUAUUUCACAGCUAUGUAUUUAUUCUUUAUUUUGUUUAUUUGAUUUGGUUAGGUAGUAACUUUAUUAAUUCCAAAAACCUAGGAGAACGUGUUGGUGAUUUUUGCGUUAUCAACAUAUUUUGAUGUAAUUAUUAUUAAUAAUGAGAUAGACCAAUAUCCAUUUACUAACCGAGCUAGGAGGUGCGGGGUGUACACUCGGAGUAAUAAAUGUGAACUCGAGACUACGGGGUUCCAAGGAGCAGCACCCCGAAACCCAAACGGAUUUCUAUGUCAAAUAUGAAACCUGCCAUGCAUUUUCCCGUCAAAAUCUUUAGUGUUAUCAUGAUGAUAUCACGAGUUGGUUAUGUCUUAAUAACCAACGAUUUUUGGCACCAAAAGGAGGCAACUUCCGUUUAACUACUUUUCCCUUUAGUAUAAGAACUUUUCUUUGGUUUUAGAAAAAAGGUUGGACCAUACAUACACUAAAAUCAUAUAUUGAUUUGUUCUAUCUCCAAAGAACACAAAAACAACAAGGUAUAUUCUGUGUUUUUGAUUUAGAAGUGGCUUGACUUCGAAAUUGAAAUUCUUUGGAUUAUCCCAAAUCUGACUUCAUGAUACCAUAGGCUAUAGGGUCGAAGUCACAGAUUUUGAAAAAUGAUUGCAAUCACGAUCCAUGAAAUAUCCAAAUAUAUUGAUAGACCCCAAUAUUCUAACAUUAAAAGUCUAUGAUUUUUUGUGAAAGAAUAUCAAUGACAGAAUCUGUUAAGGACAUGACUUCCAAAUUCGGGAAGUUGGAUAAGUUUGAAGGCACUGAUUUUUUUUCGUUGGCAGAAGAAGAUGCAUUUCGUUCUUACUACCCUGAAAGUUGUUGAUGUUUUGAGCACUUCUGCACCAUAACCAAUGGAGGAUAAAACCCUUGAACAAACCAGAAGAAGAUGCAAAUGGGAAAACGAUGAUUACAUUUGUCGUGGGCACAUUCUAAAUGUUAUGUCUGACUCUCUUUUUGAUAUCUAUCAAAAUCAAGAAUCUGCAAAAGAUCUAUGGGAUGCCCUUAAAUCCAAAUACAAGGCAGAGGAUGCCUCAAGUAAGAAAUUUCUUAUAAGUAAUUUUAAUAAUUACAAGAUGCUAGAUUCAAGGCCUGUCAUGGAACAGUACAAUGAACUCAUGAGGAUAUUGGGACAAUUUGAGCAACACAAAGUGUAAAUGGAUGAAUCCAUUUUUGUCUCAAGUGUUAUUGAUAGUUUGCCCCCAUCCUGGAAAGACUUUAAACACACAUUGAAACACCAAAAAGAAGAGUUGUCUCUAGUACAACUUGGCAGUCACUUGAGAAUUGAUGAAGGUCUUUGGGCUCAAGAAAGUGGCAAAGGAAAAGAAAAGGAAGUUUCUGGAUCUUUAGUGAACAUGGUGGAAGAUGACAAACAUCAGAAAAAUAACAAAGGAAAAAAGAAGAAGACAUAUGACCAUCAUAAGGGUUCAAACAAGAAAGAAAAACUUGUGUGUUGGAAUUGCAACAAAAUCGGUCGCGUGAAGCAACAUUGUCAUUUGAAGAAGAACAAAAAUGGUGCAAGUACUUCUGGACAAGGAUCUAAUGAUCAAGGUCCAAAA